AUGCAACCACAGCAACAGACCGGUGCGCGUCUGCGCCAUCUGAAUCCCCUCAGGCUGUUUCACGGCAACUUUUCGUACCAGGAGCUUCCCUCGGACAGCCGCAACACCUCGCCCUUCACAUUACAGCCUCUGAAGCGAGUGCGAUGGCCGUCACCGAGGCGCGCCGGCGAGGCCAUGCGUUCAGUCCGCUGGUCCCCGCUCCGCAUCCUCCUCUGGACAUUGACGUCUCUCUUCGUCCUGUUGAUGCUCAUUGCGAGUCGCCAUCACAGAUUCCACACUCCGCAUGAGCCCGCAAAUCCGGAUCCAGCAGUCGAAAAGCCUCCGGGCUUCUAUAACGGUAUUCGCACUUUGACACCAGCCAAGGAAUGGGUCCCCCAGAACCGCUACAACAAAUCCGUGCCCGAGGGCGUCGUCGACGGCAACGAAGCUCGUGGCCUUCCCAAGCAACCCGCCUUCGAACCCAUCAAGCUGUCCCCUUACCCUGACUACAAGUCUUACGAAUACACGCAAAAGCACGGAAAGGUCGAGACCUGCUACAUGGACGAUGAGGACAAGGUCGAAGUUCCUGAUGUCUACGUCUACCCUGGACUUCCCAGAAACAUGACUGCUCCCUUCUUCGGUACCCACAAAGAACUCGGCAUCAGAGAUGAUGUUUGUUAUGAUAGAUUUGGCAGACUUGGUCCUUAUGGUUAUGGCUACAAUGCUACUGCUGGUGGUCUCGGUCCUGGUCUCGAUUCGGAAAAUGUCGGCACUGACAAACUCUUCGAGAAGAUGGGCACAGUCGACUACUCCAACGUCAACUGGGGCAAGGCCAUGAAGAAAUGUGCCCACAAGAACAAGGAUCGUUUCGAGAACAAGGACGCUCACCGCAAGGUCGCUCGUCACGCCUACAUUCUCCGCAUCUGGACUGGCUACAACUUCAACUACAACCAGCUCUACUCGCUUCGCGCUAUGAUCGCUGAGCUCUCGCUGAAGUCGGGCGGUGAGUAUGACGUCUGGUUCCUCUUGCACGUCAAGGACGAGACUCUUCCUAUCUGGGCCGACAAGGGUGUCUACCAGAAAGUCAUCGAACAGAACAUGCCCAAGGAGUUCUGGAACAUGACUGUCCUCUGGUCCGAAUCUCAACUGCUCAACUACUAUCCUCCCCCUUUCGCAGAGCCUUUCGAGAACCCCUCUGGCCAUAGUGUUCACGGCGUCUACCGCUCGGCUCACUUUGCUCUCCAGUGGUUUGGCCAACAAUAUCCUGAUUACGACUUCUACUGGAACUGGGAAAUGGAUCUCCGCUACAAUGGACAUUACUACGAACUGAACACUGCUCUUGGUGAUUGGGCUCGUAGACAACCUCGCAAGGGUAUGUGGGAGAGAGCAGAGAGAUUCUGGAUUCCUGAACUCCACGGUACAUACCAAAACUUUACCGAUAUGGUCGAGCGUGAGACCCGCGAGAACGGCAAGAGUCCUAUCUGGGGUCCCCCUGCUUUCCAGCACGAUGGUCUGACUCCCUCUCCAUCCGACACUACUCCUCCCACGUCGUACGACAAGGACGAAUUCAAGUGGGGAGUUGGCGAAGAAGCCGAUCUCAUUACUUUCAAUCCUCUCUUCGACCCCAGCAAGACCAACUGGGUUUUCCGUCUCGACGCAACUGGCUACAGCCUCAAGAUGCCUCCUCCACCUCGCCGCUGCGCCAUCAUCACUGUCUCGCGUCUCUCCAAGCGUCUGAUGGACAUUAUGCAUGAGGAAACCUGGAAGUACCGCCACACCAUGUUUCCUGAGAUGUGGCCUGCCUCCUGCGCUCUGCAACACGGCCUUAAAGGUGUAUACGCUCCUCACCCUAUCUACUUCGACCGCGAUUGGGACCUUGAAUACAUGGACAGAAUGUUCAAUCGUCCUCGCAUCGAUGUUGACAGUCCUUUCGGCUGGGGUGAACAUAACUUCAUCGGCAGUUCCUUCUACUAUAACUCUGGCUUCAGUGGUGCUCUUUGGCGCCGCUGGCUCGGUCUCCGAGAGAACAAGGAGGGAGGUACCAGAGAUGAAGAGACUGGCACUGGACGCAUGUGCAUACUUCCAAGUAUUUCACAUCCUGUGAAAUUCGAAGUAGGCGAGAAUAAUUGA